GCAUUUCCGCUCGCCUGCAGCCAUCCUCCUGUGCGCCUGUCAUAUGAUCAGCUUCCCGUUUGUAUUUGUUGAUGCGAGCUAACCGCUUCUCAUUAUGAAACCACUUUACCUAUAUCCAAACUAAACCUUUAUUCCAUACCGACCAAACAUACAUCGCCUAAACGCAACCACCAGAGUCUAGAAAGAGAGUUGGGAGAAGUUUGAAGCUUUAUAAAGCGCGCUACAAUGUCGAUCGAGUACGAGGAUCAGCUAGCCGGAAGCCUGGUGGACUCUUUCCCUAAAGACUUCGGCUACGGCGUGGAAAACAUGGAUAUGAUGCAGGAAAACUUGGAAAACGCUCCUUCUGCCGAUAACAAACCCAGAAUUCUGUUGAUGGGACUGAGACGGAGCGGGAUCUCUAUCCAGAAGGUGGUCUUUCAUAAGAUGUCCCCCAAUGAGACGCUCUUCCUGGAGAGCACCAACAAGAUCCACAAGGACGACAUCUCUGCCAGUUCUUUCGUGAACUUUCACAUAUGGGACUUUCCAGGACAGGUGGACUUUUUCGAUCCGACGUUCGAUUACGAGAUGAUUUUCAGGGGCACGGGUGCCUUGAUCUUCGUCAUUGAUGCACAAGAUGAUUACGUAGAAGCAUUAGGACGGCUACAUUUGACUGUGUCACGGGCAUUCAGGGUGAACCCAGAGAUUAAUUUCGAGGUGUUUAUACACAAAGUGGAUGGUUUAUCUGACGAUCAUAAAAUUGAGACGCAGAGAGACAUUCAUCAGAGAGCUAAUGAUGAUCUGAUCGAUGCCAGUCUGGAAAAGCUUCACCUGAGUUUCUAUCUCACCAGCAUCUAUGAUCACUCCAUCUUUGAGGCCUUCAGUAAGGUGGUCCAGAAACUUAUUCCUCAGCUGCCCACGCUGGAAAACCUCCUCAACAUAUUUAUUUCUAAUUCUGGGAUUGAGAAAGCGUUUCUAUUUGACGUGGUCAGCAAGAUCUACAUCGCCACGGACAGUUCGCCGGUGGACAUGCAGUCAUAUGAGCUCUGCUGUGACAUGAUCGAUGUCGUCAUUGAUGUCUCGUGUAUUUACGGACUGAAGGACGACGGCAACGGUAACGCAUACGAUAAAGAGUCUCUGGCCAUUAUAAAACUGAAUAACACCACAGUCCUUUACCUUAAAGAGGUAACCAAGUUUCUGGCUAUGGUCUGCAUCCUGAGAGAGGAGAGCUUUGAGAGGAAAGGUUUGAUAGACUACAACUUCCACUGCUUCAGAAAGGCCAUUCACGAGGUAUUUGAGGUGAGCAGCGCCACCCAGAGGACAGUAGCAGAGGUGGAGUCCAGCCCUCCCAGCAGCAGCGGCGGCAACGUUCUGACCCGGCUCAAAUCAGCAGCGAUGAACGGUACACCCAGGAGCCUGGUUUAACCUGAGACACAUGGACCACUAAGAGCACAGCGCCUUUACACUAGUGCACUAAACAUGCACUAACGUACACAUGAGCUUACUGGAGCGUUUCUCUGAUUACACCUGCUGUUUCAGGUACAAAGAGACAAUACCAGAAGACUCAAGGAUCAGAGAUCUACAUUGCUGCUGUUUUAUUAUAUUAUGAUCUGUGUGUGCGCGCGUGUGUAUGUACUGUAUGUGUGUGUGCAAAGCACAGUAUCACCUAAUGUAGUAGGGGCAAAUGGAAAAUCUGUGCAAUGUAGCCAAGAUAUUGAAACACAAUUAAAUGAGUUCCUUGAAGUUUUCGACUGAGCCGAUCUAGACUGCAGUGCUAUAACAUUGUCUGGAUUGACUUCAGUACGUCCACGGGUCCUAAACGGACUACGGCUGUGUCAUAAAGCACCUAUAAUACCCAGAAGUGCAGUUUAGUAGUCUGCUAUGUUUAGGGAAACAGCCCACUUUACAGGUGAAUCUCACACAGACACGUGUAGCUUAUGAUUUACUCCGAUUUAAUUUAAUACACCAAGAAAAUUGAGGUUAUUUAAGUUUUGCAUUAUGACAUUAUUUUCUAUUGAGUAUAUUUGUUUCUUAACAAUGUUGUCUUACUUUUUGUUGUAAUUUCCUCCAUAAAAUGGUUAUUUGCAUUAUAUUUUCAUUGGUAUAACAUUUUUCUCUUACAUUGGUAUAAAUUAAUACAGGUUUUU